AUGAACAGGCAAGAAUCAAAGCAGGAAGAGGACGUUGAAGAUGAUUUUGCAAAAAGGCCCAGAAGAACCUCAACAGUGGUUGAGAUGCCAGAAAAACCGGCUUCACCUGUUCCUAGCUUUGCGUCCAUGAAGAAUGAGGCAUCCAUGGACUGGCAGGACAAGUUUUGCCAGGGACAAACGAGCACUGGACAAAGUACUGAAACAGGGAGACCCCAAUCACCCACACCUAGCUAUAUCUCUAUGAAGAGUAACAUGUCAUUGGACCCACUGGCAAACUUUAAGCAGGGAGAAAAGAAGAGUGAGGAAAGUUGGCCAACCUCAGUUACAGCACCACAGGGAUACACCCUGCCAGACCCCACUGGUCACCAGGAGGACAGACUCUGCCCAGAGCACGACAUGCCAAUGGAAGUGUUCUGCAAGACAGACCAGACCCUGAUCUGUAAACAGUGCGCAACUCUGACACACAGAGGCCACAAGAAAAGUUACACGAUAAGAGCCAGGGUCCUCCAGGAGCUCAACACAGUGUCUUUACUUGAGCAAACACUGAACAACAUAGACAAGAAUGAGUUUCUGAAUUAUCUGUGUCAAGAUUACCCCGAAUGCUUUGAGUCUCCUCAGGAGGCUCAGGAAGUCCACAAAGUAUCUGAACUUGUUCUGGAGAGCUUUGGCUCAGAGGCUGCUCUAAAGAUAGCCUUAAAGUUCAUGCUGGAGAAAGGGAAGCACCUUAAGAAUGUACAGAAUCAUCUAAAGUCUAAACUACAAGAUCAUCUUAAAUCUAAAUUUGAGUGCAUACAUGAGGGAAAUGCUCUACAAGGGAAUAAAGUCCUUUUAAAUGAGAUCUUCACAGAACUACUGAUCACAGAAGGAGAGAGUGGAGGUGUCAACAAAGAACAUGAAGUCAGAUUGAUCGAGGAAGCAUCAAAGAACAAAGGCAUUCGAGAGAACGCGAUAAAAUACAACGACAUCUUCAAACCUUUGCCUGGACAGAGAAAACGCAUCAGAACUGUGCUAACGAAGGGCAUCGCUGGGAUUGGGAAAACAGUCUCUGUACACAAAUUCAUCCUGGACUGGGCAGAAGGGAAGGCAAAUCAAGACAUCCACUUCAUGUUUCCACUCCCUUUUCGUGAUCUGAAUUUAAAGGGAAAUGACAAAUAUAGCUUAAUUCAACUUCUUCACCAGUACUUUCCAGAAUUCGAAGAACUACAGACUAUUAGGAGUGAGGAAGUAAAGACUGUGUUUAUCUUCGAUGGCCUGGAUGAGUGCCGACUUCCUCUUGAUUUCAAGAACAAUGAAAUGUGCUGUGACCUGACAAAGAAAACCUCUGUGGAUGAGCUGCUAACAAAUCUCAUUCAGGGGAAUAUACUUCCCUCUGCUCUUCUCUGGAUUACCUCCCGACCAGCAGCGGUCAGUCAGAUCCCACCUGAUUGUGUUGACCAGGUUACAGAGGUCAGAGGAUUUAAUGACUCUGAGAAGGAGAAGUACUUCCGGAAGAGGUUCAAUGAUGAAGGCCUUGCUGACAAAAUUGUUGCACACAUAAAGUCUUCACGGAGCCUCCACAUUAUGUGCCAUAUUCCAGUCUUCUGUUGGAUAUCUGCCACAGUUCUGGAGAAAAUGUUAGAUAAACCAGACUGUGAAGAAGUGCCUAAAACUCUGACUCAGAUGUACACCCACUUCCUUCUCAUUCAAACGUAUUUGAAGAACAAGAAGUACCAUAGACUGAUUCAGGAUAACAUAGACCUGAUGGAAUUGGACAAGGAGAUGAUCACAAAACUGGGGAAGCUAGCGUUUCUGCAGCUGGAGAAGGGAAAUCUGAUUUUCUAUGAAAAAGAUCUAACUGAAUGUGGAAUUGAUGUCAGCAAAGCAUCCGAGUACUCUACAAUUUGCACGGAAAUUUUCAAAGAAGAUUUUGGAUUGUACCGGAAGAAAGUCUUCAGCUUUGUGCACCUGAGCAUUCAGGAGCAUCUUGCUGCAGUGUACGUGCAGCUCAAAUUUGUGAAUGGCAACAUUAACAUACUGAGUCAAGACCCAGAGUGUCAGAGUAGUGCAGUGAAGAUGUCAGAUUUGCACAAGAGUGCUGUGGACAGAGCCUUACAGAGUGAGAAUGGACACUUUGACCUUUUCCUUCGCUUUCUUCUUGGACUCUCACUUGAGUCCAAUCAGGUUCUUUUGAGAGAUCUACUGUCAAAAAGUUGUGUGGAAAGCUUUGAGGAAACUGUGGACUACAUUAAGGAGAAGAUCAAAAAUGAGUUCUCAGCAGAAAGGACCAUCAAUCUGUUCCACUGUCUGAAUGAAUUGAAUUACAACUCUUUGGUGGAAGAAAUCCAGAGUUUCUUGAAAUCAGGCAGGCACUCCGAGACAGAGCUCAAACCUGACCAGUGCUCUGCUCUGGCUUAUGUGCUACUAACUUCAGAGGAUGUGAUGAACGAAUUUGACCUGAAAAUGUGCAACACAUCCCUUGAAGGGUAUCGGAGGUUGUUGCCAGUUGUCAGGACUUCAAGAAAAGCUAUUCUUGCUGGGGUGAACCUCACAGAUGAAUCAUGUGAAACUCUAGCUUCAGUUCUACAAUCAUCCAACUCACACCUGACAGAACUGGACCUCAGCUUCAACAAUCUGGGUGAUUUAGGGAUCAAGCUUCUCUGUGCUGGGCUCUUACAUCCACAUUGUAAACUAGAGAAACUGAAUCUCAGCCACAACGAGCUAGAACACCGAUCUUGUGAACUGAUGGCCUCAGUUUUACAGUCUGCAAACUCAAACCUGAAAGAACUAGACCUUGGCUGCAACAACAUGAGAGAUUCUGGAGUGAAGCUGCUUUCUGCUGGACUAAUAAGCUUCUGCUGUAAACUAGAGAAACUUGGGUUGGACAGAUGUGACCUGACGCAUGAGUCUUGUGAAGCUUUGGCCGCUGCUCUGCAGUCACCCAGCUCAUCUCUAAGAGAGCUGGAUCUCAGCUACAAUAAGCUGGGAGACUCAGGGGUGAAGAACCUUUGUGAAGGACUAACACAUGCAAACUGCAAGCUGGAGAAACUUGAUCUCAGCUACAACAUCCUUGACCAUUCUGGAGUAAAACUUUUAAGCGCUACACUGAUAAAUCCGGACUGCAAACUGAAGAGUAUAAGACUUGCUGAUGUCAGUAUUCCAGAAGAGACAUGUGAAACUCUGGCCUCUGUCCUGCAAUCAGCAACUUCACACCUAAAAGAGCUGGAUCUCAGCAACAAUUAUAUUGGAGAUUCAGGUGCGGAACUGCUCUGUGCUGGACUUAAGAACCUGAACUGCAAACUUGAAAAACUAAGUCUGCGCUGGUGUAAUCUCACAGACAAGUGCUGUUCGGAUCUAGCCUCAGUCUUGAGUUCCAACUUCUGCUUGAGAGAACUAGAGCUGAGAGACAAUGAUCUGCAGGAUUCAGGUGUGAAGCUACUUUGUGCUGGUCUUAAGGAUCCACGGUGCACACUGCAGAGACUUGGUCUUUCGGGAUGUUGUGUUACAGAAGAAGGCUGUUCUGCUCUAAGUUUAGCUUUGAGCUCAAAUCAGUCACAGCUAAAAGAGCUUGACCUCAGCUACAAUCACCUGGGAGAGUCUGGAGUGAGACAGCUGUCCACUAUACAGGAUGAUCCACACUGUAAAUUGGAGAAAUUGAGUGUGGAACAUGGUGGAGAAUGCAGGAACAAACCAGGACUCAAGAAAUACGCCUGUGCAAUCACACUGGACCCGAACACAGCACACAGAACCCUGUCCCUGACUGGGGUCAAGAAGGUGACAAUGACGAAAGGGGAGCAGCCAUACCCUGACCACCCAGAUCGGUUUGAGUACUAUGCCGAGGUUUUGUGCGGAGAAACCUUGAGUGGUGCUCGCUUCUACUGGGAAGUUGAGUGGACUGGAAAUGUUGUUUACAUAGGAGUGACUUACAAAGGGAUCAACAGGAAAGGUCGUGGGAGAGAUUGCAAACUGGGAAUGAAUAACAAAUCUUGGAUUCUAUUCUGCUCUAAUGACUAUGGGUAUUACGUCAGUUACAAUAACAAGGAAACUGUUGUAUCUAUGCCCCCCAACCCCACCAAGAGAAUGGGGAUCUAUCUGGACUGCCAGGCUGGCACACUUUCCUAUUUUAUUAUUUCUCCUGACAGAGCAUACCACACCUAUACGUUUCACACCACCUUCACCGAACCCCUAUAUCCAGGCAUCAGGGUUUACAAUUACGAUGAUGCAGUCACAUUGUGUGAUCUCGAAUAA